UGCUUUUUCUUAAAACCAUGAGUGGAAGAUUGUCAAUGUCUUCAAUUUUGUCAGCCAAUAACUCUAUGUCUUCAACAUCUUCUGUCCCAACAAACAGUGCAAGUCUUGCAAAAGCUGAAAGACAAAUAAAGGGUUUGCAAGAAGAAAAUACUAAACUUAGGAAAGAUCUUGAUAAUAUGAGAUCACUUUAUAAGCAGCUGACUUUGGAGAACUCCCAUGAAAAAUUUGAUGAAAGACGUGUUUUUGUCUUAAAGUCACAGAUUAUACAACUUGAAAGACAAAUACUUUUGAUGUCCAAUGCAAUAGGUAAUAGAACAACCACAUUGACAGAAGUAGAAAAUGCACUCAUACAAAUUGCUGAUAAAUGGAGGCACUACAUAGGGUUAGAGGUCAAGGGUCCAGAGGUCAGUAUUCCAAGAUGUGAAUUAACACAGAUGGUUCAUGUUGCUGAAUCUGCUAGAAUCAAAUUGUACAAGAACAUAGAGAACACUUCCCAAGAAAAAUUGUUUCAACCUUUUUUGUGCAUUAGUAACUUUUUGAAGUCUCAGAAAGAAGGAGAAAUAACCCUUUUUGAUGUGGCCUCAGGAAAAUUAGAUCACCUUAAUUUAAAGCAAGUUACUAAGUUGGAAACAAAGUUGGCUUCAUUGUACAAAGAGAUGAUUAAUUUAAAUGAAAUUCUGGAACCAGGCAUGGAUGAAAAGCAAGAAGAAAAAGAAGAGCAAGUGGCUUCCUCUUGUCACAUAGCAUCUGCAGUCAGGGACCAAUUCAAAACUCGUUUACUGAAAUCAUGUGCUAUGAUAAAGGAUUGUUGUGGUGAUCUCCUUUCUCUUUCACUCUUAUAUCCAUGUGCACCUUGGCCACCUUUGAAAAAGAGUGCCAUCAAAGAUGUUACAACAGCACAUGUAAUGAAGUCACUUCCAAGCCUGCCGAAAUCGAAAUCAGCUGAUGUACAGUCUGUUGUAGAGGCUCUUAUCAGAACAUUCAACUACAAGAAUCAAAUGACACAACAUGAAGUCAAAAGUCUUCGUGAAGAGUUGAAAUUCCACAAAUCUGUCUAUGACUUGCAGCUGUCAUACGUGCAAUCUUUGUUCUCAGUAAUAAGGGAUGGAUAUAAAACUUUUCAGUCAUCAUGUAAUGAAGUUAUAGCAAAUCCUUUUCGGGAAGUGUUGGAGGCCUACACACAGUUUAAAGAAGAAGCAAGCGAGGCGGGAUUUAAAAACUUUGUUCUUAAGUUUGAUAACUGCUAUGAGAAGGUGGAUCAUGCUGUUUCUCAGAUCUGUGUAUCAGAGGGAGAAGAGUUUUCGGAGUUUGGUGAAACAUUUCUCAGGGACAUCGAUAAAAAGAUCAGUCAGUGUCAACAUGUGCGCGAUAAGGCUUCAAGAGAAAGGGAGGAACUCAAAGCACAGCAAGAAAAAUUGGAAGAUGAACUACGGUCCUUUCUUGACGAACAGGAGCUGAAGUAUAAGGAACAUUUCAAAACAAAUGCUGAAUCUGAUUCUAUUCCACCAGUCACAGACGAGGUGGUGAUUUUCAUGAAACCAUCGGAUACAUCUCUGGUUGAAAAGCAAAACAAUGUAGUAGUGGUCGAUUCAUUGAUGUCGGAUUUGAGUUUGGACUCGGGUAGAAGGUCAAAUCUGAAAACUGAUCGAAAACCGGACUCGAAAAAGAAAACACUGUUCCAUGAAGAAAUGAAAUCCAGUAAAUCUAAUGACCCCCAGUUGGAGUGUAGAGAUGAUAGCACUAUGUCUAGUGAAUGUGUAAGUACUGAUUCUGCUUUGCCACCUCAAGGAAAGGUGCCAAAAAGGACGAAAAAAUUAGUUCCUAGUGCCUAUGUACCAAACAGAACUCUUCAGUUACGGAGGUCGGGAAGUUUAAACAGUAUUGAUAAGUCUAACUUCCCAAACGGUAAACUAAAACCGAUAGAUUCUGAGAAAGAGAAAAGUGAUAUUAGUACUGCAGAUGAUAAGAAAGCUCAAGGAACUAUCUCAGAAAAGGGACAUCCGAAAAGGAACCGGUCUUUAUCUAAAACAAGGACACCGUUCUAUUAAUUGUUUGGAGAGGUUUGACACUGCUUUUUAGGUCCCCAGAGUCGCACGGGUGGGGUGUUGCUAAAACGCGGAACGGAAAGCGGAACAGAACGGAAAACGGAAUAUAUUAUUUUAGAUUAAAUCACUUAAAAUACACAAAUUUUAUCAUAAACGAUAUAUCUUAUACAUAUUCAAUCCCCCAUUAUUAAAUACAAGUUGAUUUGGUCAUGUUCAGUCUCUUAUUCACGAAAAUCGCUGACAUAGCAGUGACGUAGAAUCGAAUUUGAAAGUGGGGGGAGGGGAUUAA